AUGCAUCGGCCGAAAUCACUCGCAACUGGCGAGGCUACGCCGUUGAAGCCUGCAGCGCGUCUCUAUGGUGGCACUCCACAGUCGACCGAGCGUCUAAUCAAGCCAUUUCGAUGUCCAGGUUCAGCUACAGUGUCGCGAGUAUCAGAAAAGCCAGCGAGGAAGAGGAGGAAAGUCGAUUACUCUGGCGCUGGUGGUGAGGAUGGGGAAAGUGAUAAACCAUACUCCAACGAGGAUCGAUUAGCCCUCGCCACACGAGACGCGAACCGAUUCCCAGUGUUCAAACCCAAAGACAAAGAGACUGCAUUCAGGGCAAAAUUUAUUGUGCCUCUAGUCAAUAAGGACACCGGAGCAUACAACCCAAACCGACCAGCGCCUCUACUGGGAAUGCGAACUGGAACUGUCUUCGUUGCACGACCACUGCAUGAUCCCAGUGGAGAAUUUGCAAUCGUAUUAUACGACCCAACUGUUGACGAUAAGCCUGAGCCGAAACAAGAGCCUGAGCCCAAGGAAAGCCAAACUGAGAAGAAGGAGCUAGAUGCUCCACUGGUUCAUAAGAGUUUGGCUGAGAUACUGGGUUUGAAGAAGAAGGUAGACAACGAGCGGCCGCGUGUACCAGUGGUGAUAGAUCCAAGGCUUGCCAAGGUUCUGCGACCCCAUCAGGUCGAAGGAGUGAAGUUUUUGUACCGAGCCACAACUGGUAUGAUUGAUUCAAAGGCGAACGGCUGUAUCAUGGCCGAUGAGAUGGGUCUCGGCAAGACAUUGCAGUGUAUCACGCUGAUGUGGACGCUGUUGAAACAGUCGCCUGAAGCUGGUAAAUCCACGAUACAGAAAUGUGUUAUUGCAUGUCCCUCAAGUUUAGUGAGAAACUGGGCAAACGAGCUGGUGAAAUGGCUGGGGAAAGACGCUGUUACCCCUUUCGCGAUCGACGGAAAAGCGUCGAAAGAAGAACUGAUUCAACAAAUACGGCAAUGGUCAAUAGCAUCUGGACGCGCAGUUGUUCGGCCAGUGUUGAUUGUGUCUUAUGAAACACUGCGACUUUACGUUGACGAAUUUGGACAAACGCCAAUUGGAUUGAUGCUUUGCGAUGAAGGUCAUCGAUUGAAGAAUGGAGACAGCUUAACUUUCACGGCCUUGAACAGCUUGAACGUACAGAGACGUGUUAUUCUCUCCGGUACGCCCAUCCAGAACGAUCUUUCGGAGUAUUUUGCACUGCUCAAUUUUGCGAAUCCUGGUUACCUUGGUACACGUAUGGAGUUCCGCAAGCAAUUUGAAAUACCCAUUCUGAAGGGUCGCGAUGCCAACGGAACAGACGCCGACGUGCAGAAGGGUAACGAGCGGCUCACAGAGCUAUUGGGUCUGGUCAACAAGUUCAUCAUCAGACGAACUAACGACAUUCUCUCCAAAUACCUACCAGUCAAAUAUGAGCACGUCGUGUUCUGCAAUCUUGCACCAUUUCAAAAGGACCUAUACAACCAUUUCAUUAAAUCACCGGAUGUUCAAAGCCUGUUACGCGGCAAAGGUUCGCAGCCCCUUAAGGUCAUUGGCAUGCUCAAGAAGCUGUGCAACCACCCUGACCUACUCAAUCUACCAGAAGACUUGCCAGGGUGUGAAGAUAAGCUACCUGAAGAUUUUGUGCAAAAGGACGCACGAGGUCGAGACCGGGAGGUUAAGGUAUGGUACUCUGGAAAGAUGGCUGUCCUUGACCGUAUGCUUGCGCGCAUCCGCGCUGAGACAAACGACAAGAUCGUUUUGAUUUCCAACUACACUCAGACACUCGACAUUUUUGCCAUGCUUUGCCGAUCACGUGGAUAUGGCUGUUUCCGCCUAGACGGUACAAUGAAUGUUAGCAAACGACAAAAACUGGUUGACAAGUUCAAUGACCCGGAAAGCCCUGAGUUUGUCUUCCUUCUCUCCUCCAAGGCCGGUGGAUGUGGUCUCAAUCUCAUUGGCGCUAACCGACUUGUCCUUUUCGAUCCCGAUUGGAACCCAGCUGCUGACCAGCAAGCCCUUGCUCGUGUGUGGCGUGAUGGCCAGAAAAAGGACUGCUUCGUGUACCGCUUCAUCACCACCGGUACCAUUGAAGAGAAGGUCUUCCAGCGACAAUCUCACAAGCAGUCGCUCUCGUCCUGUGUUGUUGAUUCUGCAGAGGAUGUAGAGCGGCAUUUUAGUCUUGACUCACUUCGUGAGCUUUUCCAAUACCGCGAUAAUACGACUAGUGAUACCCACGACACCUUCAAAUGCAAGCGAUGCCGAAAAGAGGACGGCAAGCAAAUUAUGAAGGCUCCGGCCAUGUUGUAUGGUGAUACGAGUACUUGGAAUCAUUUUGUUAACGAUGGGGAGACGGGCGCACUUGGCAAAAUUCAGGAUUUGUUGCUUAGACAGGAGACGGCGAAUGACUUGAAGGACGUCAGUGCUGUAUUCCAGUAUAUAAGUCAUUGA